UGGGAGCAGGGCGAGGGCUGCACUCUUCCUCCCGCAGCUGCUGGGGUCGUGCCUUUGAGGCCACUCCCCUGGCAGCUGAGACACGGGGCUCCCCACUUUCUCAGAUCCAGCUGGAAGACAGUCUCUGACCCCUAAAAAACAAGCUGCCCCCAAGCCCAGGGCAUCAGACGGGGAAAGUGAAGUGGGACCACCCUAGUCACAUGUGGCUGAGCCCCAGGUGGGAGGAAGCCAGGCCCCGGGCUGGUGUCGCUGGUGGGCACGGCCUGGCGGAGCUCGCUCCUGGCGUCCCGCCGGCCUCAUCCGAUCCUUGCGCCAGCUCCUCCCCUGGAGCCCGCACCUUUGCCCUCCACCCUGUCCUGUCCUCGCUGCCUCUGCAGAUGCGCAACGCCUCGGGGCUCCUGGGGACGGCCGGCGUGCCCCUGGCAUCAGCACCCUGGACGCAGCCCAGCCCCUCACCGGCCCUGCCAGCUGGGCUGCAGGUGGACCUCUUGGGGAACGGCUCCCAGGGUGUCUCCCAACUGUUCCUCACCUCCGCACUGGCCCGUGGGGUCUCGGGCAUCUUUGUGUGGGCCGCCCUCGUCCUCACCUGCCACCAGAUCUACCUGCACCUGCGCUCCUACACCGUGCCCCAGGAGCAGCGCUACAUCAUCCGCCUGCUCCUCAUUGUGCCCAUCUAUGCACUCGACUCCUGGCUCAGCCUCCUCCUCCUGGGAGCCCACCAGUACUACAUCUACUUGGACUCCGUGCGGGACUGCUACGAAGCCUUUGUCAUCUACAGCUUCCUGAGCCUCUGUUUCCAGUACCUGGGGGGCGAGAGCACAAUCAUGACUGAGAUCCGGGGAAAGCCCAUCAAGUCCAGCUGCUUCUACGGCACCUGCUGCCUCCGGGGCAUGUCCUACUCCAUCGGGUUCCUGCGCUUCUGCAAGCAGGCCACGCUGCAGUUCUGCGUUGUGAAGCCCGUCAUGGCCUUGGUCACCAUCUGCCUCCAGGCAUUUGACAAAUACAGUGAUGGGGACUUCAGCGUCAGCAGCGGCUACCUGUACGUGACCCUCGUCUACAACGCCUCGGUCAGCCUGGCCCUCUACGCCCUGUUCCUCUUCUACUUCGCCACCAGGGAGCUCCUGCAGCCCUUCGAGCCUGUCCUAAAGUUCCUCACCAUCAAAGCCGUCAUCUUCCUGUCUUUCUGGCAGGGGAUGCUGCUGGCCAUCCUGGAGAGGUGUGGGGUCUUCGCUGAGGUCCAGACCCUGGAUGGGAGCACGGUGGGGGCUGGCACGCUGGCUGCCGGCUACCAGAACUUCAUCGUCUGCAUCGAGAUGCUUUUUGCCUCCAUCGCCUUGCGCUGCGCCUUCACCUGCCAGGUGUAUUCGGAGAAGAAGGAGAACGCACCAGGCCCCCCGGCACCCAUGCAGAGCAUCUCCAGCAGCCUCAGGGAGACCAUCAGCCCCCAGGACAUCGUGCAAGAUGCCAUCCACAACUUCUCACCCGCCUACCAGCAAUACACGCAGCAGGCCACGCACGAGGCCCCCAGGCCCGCCCAGGAUGGGCACCCCUCACCCGGCACCCACCCCGACACGGCUGGUGGCUCUGGCGGGGGCAGGAAGAGCCGAAACGUGGAGAAGCGGAUGCUGAUCCCUUUGGAGGACCUGUAGGAGCCUCAGGGUUGCUGGUACCCAGCUGGGGACCCAGUCUGUCCCUGUCUCUCCCCCAACCCUCCUGACAAAGGUCAGGCCUCUCCUGAGAGCCGCCUGGCGAGGCCCGUGGAGCUGCUCCCCGUCCUACCUCCAGCCUGUGGUCAGGUGCUUGGUGGCCCUGCCAGGCGUCCAGGGUCCACACCAUCCCUGGUGGGCCCGCCGCCCCAGGGAGAGGCCCCUGAGCAAAACGUCAGCUCCAGCUGCCACAUCGGCCUCAGGGAGCUGCAGCGUGGCCCUCCUUGCACGCGGCUCGAGCAGGCAGACGGUGGACAGACCCCAGCUAUGCAGCUGCGGGGAGGACGGCCGGGCAGAGCUGGGCAGCCCAGCGCGAGACAGCACGCAGCUUGGGCACUGCAGGCUGGGGGUCCACGCAGGCUGGCCGGGGCAGGGGUGAUGCCAGCUGAGCCUUGCUGUGGUCGAGGGCUCAUCGGAGAAGCCCACGCUGCCCCCCACACUCCAGCCGAGAGGCAACCCUGCAAGGCGCCCCCUCGCUGCCUCCCCGGGAGUCACUCUUAUUUAUGUAAACACCUUGGAUUUUCUAAUGACUCGAUUGGCUUCCGAUCCUGCAGGGCCAGUGCCCUGGGCAGUGGGCCACAGUGGGGUGGUCAGACGAGGCCCCCUGACCUGAGUGGGGCCGGGGGAGACCAGCUGUUGCUCUGAGCUGCGCAGGGCACAGAGCUGGGACUUUGAGACCCGAUGCCUGAGUCUGUGCCACUGGCAAGGCCAGAGCAGCCACCUCUGUCCUUGGAGCCUCAGCUUCCUCAUAACACGGGCCUCGCGCCAGCCCCACACGGCAGGUGGAUGAGACCAUGUGGGCACAGCCCAGAGAGUUGGGGGCACAGAGGGGCGCCUGCCCUCUCUCCUUCCUCCUCUUCUUCCUCUGUGUGCCCAGCAGGCCCGGGUUCUGGGAGGGCUGAAUGGGGACAGGCCCUGUCACAGGAGGCUGGAGGGCAGGGAGCAGCCCAGGGGCGCAGUGCUUCCUGGAGGAACAUGGCUGGGCCCUGGGGCGGGGGCCACCAGGGGGAGGGGCGUCAGCUCUUGUGGUGGCCCUGUGUGCAUCUCGGUCAGUCCUGCAUGUCUGGCUGCAGCACAGGGGUGGGGCUGGGGCAGGUGCAGACACAGGGCCCGGGGCUUUGGGGCUGGGCAUGGGGAGUGGCCGGCAGCCAGCAGGCACAGUGGACAGGAAGGCCGAGCAGGCACCACGCGGCCCCAGCUCUCUCCCCUGCCACCUGCCCACCCACUCCCAGGGUCCCAAGAAAGGGGAAAACAAACUGGGAUCUCUGAGGGGCAGAGUGGGCCACUCCCUGGCCUCAGGACACAGGGGACUAGAGGUGGUGGCCUCUGCAGGGCCCAGCUGGGCCGUCUGAUAAGACAGGCUGAGCCCCUCCCCAUGCCGGGGUGGGAAGCCCACCACCCGCCUUAUCGCGCCCUCUGCAGCUGGCAGAGACAUAGGGGCCCUGUGGCCAGGCCCGAGUCUCCACCGGUCAGCGGGUUUGGGGUCUGGUGCUCCGUGAGACCUGCUGAGGAGGAGCAGGUGGUCUGGAGGCUGCAGUAGGGGGCAUCGGGGGGCAGGCAGGACACCGGGCUGCGCUGCUGAGCUAGGGGGUGGGGGCCUGCUCUGCCCCUGCGCUGGAGAGGGCCCCUCCUUUGGGGCCUGAGCUGCCCAGAGCUAUGCACAGAGGGCGAGUGUGCAAUGGCCCUUCCGGAAGCCCAGACGCCGCGUGGGCUCCAGGCUGCAGGGGCUGAGGUGCCACAGGACAGGCUCGUUUGCCAGAUGGUGCCUGAGGCCCGUGCUUUGGGGAGGGGAGAAGUUGGCAUCGACUGACCACCCGCUGUGUGUGGCAAAGACCGAGCCAGGAACCCGACAUGCGCUCGGUUCUCAGGACAGCCGGGAAGGUGACCAAGCUGAGAGAUCCAGCAAGUUGCCUGAGGUCACAGCACAGGGACUUGGGCACCGGGGAGCUGGCUCCACAGGCCCACUCUCUCCACCCUGCCAGACACCUGUGCCCCGCGGACGAGGCCCCACUGCCUUCUUUCUAACAUAACACCAAAGCCAUGUGGGCUGAGUGCGACACCCAGUGCUCCUGCCACGUGCGGAUGGAAUGCGGCUGGCGGGGGGGGGUCCAGGCUGCCACCUCGCCUCCCUGGGGGGCUGUGGGUGCACUCAUGGGAGGAGGGAUGGAGAACACAGAUGAUGAGGAAGGGGCUCUCCAGGCUCCACCCAGGGGCCGAGGAGCAGGCCCCGUGCUCCUGCCAAGUGGUGUAACCUCUCUUGGCCUCGUCUGUGAAAUGCCCCACAGAAAAUCCCCAGCAAUCCACACACAAGGGCAGAAGCCCUGGGGGACCCCGGCCCGGACUUGCGGCAGCUGAGCAGCUGGCCAGGACAGGGUCUCCUGCGACACGCCCCUGUCUGCCCACAGCCUCCAGGAGCCCGAGGCUGGGCAGGGGUUCUGUGCCCACAGCUCCCCUCGACGGGCAGGCUGGGACCAGGUCCCCAGAGCUGGCUGCAGGGAUAUCUGGCUUAGCUGGGAAAACACCUGUCAUUGCCAUUGCUGGUGUCACGAGCUUGGGGCGCAGCGGCCCCAGCACAGAUUCAAACCCCAAUCUGCCGAGGCGCCUUUUGUCCACAUCGCUGCUCACACACCAUUUACAGAUGGGAACUUGUGUCUCAGAGAGGGAAGGAACCAGCCCAAGGUCACACACAGAGUUGGGAUUUCAGCCCAAGUGGUCUGGCACCAAAGUGCAUUCCUGCCCCGUGAACCCAGGUCUGAGGACAGGACAGUGGGGCGGGGGUGCUCACCAUGAGGGCUGGCAGGGGCAGCACAGGUCAGGACGGGCCCUGGCUCUUCAGAAGGGGCCACCACUUAGCCACUGUGCGGAGCUCUGCUCUCUGCUCCCCAACAUACCUGUCUCACUUGCCACGGGCUCCUUUCAGAGUCCCCCAGACAAAGCCGUGAGGGGAUGCCCGGCCCCCGCACCUGCCUGGGAAACCCAGCGGGAAAGGAGAGGCCACAUGAGUGCACAGGAGGCUUCUGGGCAGGGCAGGUGGGGACACUCAGGAACCCGCUGCCAUGCAGUGAGCCCAGGAUGUGGAGGCGUCAACAGCCACCUGCAUCCUGCCCGGCUGACACCACUCCCACGGCUGUCACGGCAUCACAGUCGCAAGUGCUGGAAACCCAUCCUGAGCUGCUUCUCCAGGUGACAUAAGAGGACAUGCAGGGGCCUAGCACACCCCAGCAGCCCCCAGGACGGGGGUUCUUGGCCCAAGAAAGCCCCGGCCCAAAGCACCAACAUGGCAAUGAGAAGGAUCUGAAACCAGAAAAAUCUUUAUUGCAAAGGUACAAAAGCAGUCACAGCAGCAAGAUGUACAGCAGUAAAUCAGGUGGCAGCCGCGACACGGGGACAGGGCAGGGUGGCGGGUGGGGGCCUGUGCCAGGCGAGGGUCCACACAUGUGAUCUCUCCUCAAUAAUUUAUAUCACGUAAAAAGCAGCACAAAAAUAAAUAUUGAAAUGAAACCGCUGAGGAGCAGAGGCAGGAGAAACUGGGUGAAGACGCGGGACACGGAGGGUCCCGACCGCCUUGGGAGAAGCCAAGACCUUCCUUCUUUGGAAGCCUGAGGCACAGAGAUAGAAAACAAACCCACACGACAAAGAGGUCCUCGUCUUUUUUCUUAAAUAAAAAAUCCAUAUAUUAAAUCAUGACAAUGAAAUCUCAAUGAUCAGAAAAGAGCAGAACGCGCCAUCUUGGGCAGGCAGAGCCGAGGGUGGGGUGCCCCCUCCCCAGCCCACGGCGAU